AUGUCUAUCGCAAAUAAUGAAGAUUUCAAGCAAAUCUACGAAAACCUGGAAGAAAAAAGCAAAACCCUCUGCACCGAACUCGAAGAACGCCUCAUAAUAAUAACCGCAACAGUGAAAUCCCUAAAAACAGACAUCAGCCUGGAAAAACAACUUUGGAAAGAAGAAAUCCAGAAAACCAUCGAUCUGGAAAAGAAAAUCUCCAAGCACAAUCACGGAGAUUACAUUGAAACAAUUCUAACAAAAGCUUUGAAGAAAAACAACGACAAAAUUCAAAACGAAAUUGUAUACAAGCAACAAUUACUUGAAGCCGAAAAUAUGUGCAACUUGGAAAUGCUGAAAAUCAAAAACAGCUUGGAAUGCUUGGCCCCGUUACAAGCAAUUGUAGAAGAAUGGAAUUAUUGUGACAAAUAA